CUAUCAUCUUUCUCUGUUAUCAGAAUCAAUGGCCAAGUGCCUAGUGGUGUCCCAUUCAGGUUCCUAUUCCUCCUAUGUCUAUUCGUGUAGGAGUAUCAGUAUUAGGAAGGCACCUCCACAGCAAGUUCAGCUCAAUCCCUUGGCCGCCGGCACUCUCUUCUCCUCAAACUCAAACUCAAACUCAAACUCUUUCACCCCCCUCAAUUUGCGACGCCGCCCAACACCCACCGCUCUUGAUUCCGAUGUUCCUCACCCGCUUCACCAGGGCUCGGUGAAAUUGAAGACUAGUGAGAGUUUUGAGCAAUGGGAUUCAUGGACAGCAAAGUUCUCUGGCGCAUCCAAUAUUCCAUUUCUGUUGCUGCAAAUGCCUCAGAUCAUCCUCAAUGCUCAAAAUCUUAUGGCUGGAAACAAAGCUGCUCUUUUAGCAGUCCCCUGGCUGGGAAUGUUUACUGGUUUGCUUGGAAACCUUACGCUGCUUUCAUAUUUUGCAAAGAAGAGGGAGAAGGAGGCGAUUGUGGUGCAAACAUUGGGUGUUGUGUCCUUGUAUAUUGUCUUUGCACAGCUUUCCUUGGCAGAAGCAAUGCCUCUACCGUACUUUGUGAUUACUUCCAUCGUCGUGGCAGCUGGUCUUGUUUUGAAUUUUUUGAAUUACUUUAACUUCCUCAAUCGUGGAGUUUGGCGCUUCUGGGAAGAUUUUAUUACUGUUGGUGGGCUGUCAGUUCUUCCCCAAAUUAUGUGGUCGACAUUUGUACCGUAUAUACCUAGCAGUAUUGUGCCUGGAGCAUUGGCAUUUGUUUUAGCUGUGGCAGCUGUAAUUAUGGCUCGAAUGGAGAAACUCUCUUCAGAAGGAAUCAAAUUUGUUGGAUCAAUAUCUGGAUGGACAGCUACUCUUCUCUUCAUGUGGAUGCCUGUUUCCCAAAUGUGGACAAAUUUCCUUAAUCCGGACAACAUCAAAGGCUUGUCAGCUGUCUCAAUGUUGCUUGCAAUGAUUGGAAAUGGACUUAUGAUCCCUCGUGCUCUUUUUAUUCGUGAUUUUAUGUGGUUCACAGGUUCUACUUGGGCUUCUUUCUUUUAUGGAUAUGGGAAUAUAGUGGCCUUAUAUUGGUUUAACAGUAUCAGCAGAGAAUUCUUCUUAGCAGCGACAGCUGGUUUGUUUUUAUGGAUAGGAAUGACUCUUUGGAGGGAUGCUGCGGUGUAUGGUUACAGCUCCCCUCUUACAUCUUUACGGGAGCUGGUUUCUGGAUCCUAACUUAAAAGUCUGAGUUGAUACGUUAAAGGUCAAAAGAUGUUAAAGCAAUCCGAUGUCAUUAUGCCAAGGAUGAAAUAUAACAGCUCUUCUCCACGGAGAAACCAGAGUGUUUGAUUCUUAUUUGCGGCCAUUGCAGAUCGCGACAGUUCUUGUAUGGACAGCUGCUACAGGUUUGCUUCCUGGCAGUUAAUAUGAAUAAUGCAAGCAGUAGAAUAUCUUGUCAUAUAAAGCACUUUAUAAUUGUAAUGUAAGGAGUAAGUCAUACUCCAUGCCCUACUACAGUGACAUUGCCUGGCGGUGUCUGAACUUCUGUAACCAUGUAUAUAGUUUGUUUGUUUGUUUGUUUCAUCCAUCAUGAAAUAAUGAAAUAAGAGCUCACUUUUG